AUGCCUCUUCCAGAAGAAGGCGAAGCUUCUACACUAAAGAACUGGGUCUGGGUACCCGACGACAAGCAACUCUUCUGCAAAGGUUUUGUCACUGAUUAUUUGGAGGAUGGAACUUGCAAAGUGUCAAUUGUAUCUCCAACUGAUGGCUCAGUGCAGUCGACAGAAGUAAUUCAACAAUCAAAGUUGGAAAAUUGUAACCCUACCAAAUUCGACAAAUGCGACGAUAUGGCCGAAUUAACGCACUUAAACGAACCCUCAGUGGUGCAUAAUAUGUAUCUUCGAUAUAUGGAUGACUUGAUUUAUACAUACUCUGGUCUAUUCUUGGUGGCCAUUAAUCCAUACAAGCUGUUGUCUAUUUAUCAAGAUACAACUUUACAAACGUAUCAUGACAAGAACGACGUGGGCAAAGCUAAACCACACAUAUUUGCCACAGCAGAAGGAACGUAUAGAAACUUGUUGAGUAAUAAAAAGAAUCAAAGUAUAUUGGUGACUGGUGAAUCAGGCGCAGGAAAAACCGAGAAUACCAAAAAAGUCAUUCAAUAUCUUUCUUCAAUCACAGGAUCGCACCAAAAGAAGAUAGGGAUUAAUUUGAAAGGUGAAGAUAGUAUAGAGGACAAGAUUCUUCAAGCAAAUCCUGUAUUGGAGAGUUUUGGUAAUGCAAAGACCAUCAAAAAUAACAAUUCCUCUCGAUUUGGAAAAUUUAUCAAAAUAUUUUUUGAUACAACGGGAAACUUGACGGGUGCUAAUAUCGACUACUAUCUUUUAGAAAAAUCAAGAGUGGUUAAUCAAUCCAAAAAUGAGAGGAAUUACCAUGUCUUUUACCAAUUUCUUAAAGGGUAUGAAAGUUUGCCAAGUCUUGGCUUAAGCAAGGAUAUCAAAUCCUAUGAAUACCUUAAAAGUGGGCAAUCGAGUAUUCCAAAUGUGGACGACUUUAAAGAAUUCAACUUGCUAGUUGAAGCUUUUAAAAUUGUUGGAUUUCAACCUAAUGAGAUGCAAUUCAUUUACCUGACUUUGGCAGUAAUACUUCAUCUUGGAAAUUUGAAAUUUACAUCAAUGACUGCAGAACAAGCAAGUUUCACCACCGAAUCGCCUUUGAAACAGAUUGCAAAUCUCUUGGGGGUACCUGAACUUGCGCUUCGUGAUAACUUUCUCAAACCAAAAGUGAAGGCAGGACGGGAAUUGGUGACAAAGUCGAAAAAGGCAAACGAGGUCAAGUUUGCUAUUGAUGCCUUUGCCAAAUACCUUUAUGAAAAACUAUUUCAAUAUAUCAUCAAACGAAUCAAUGCAAAUCUUCAUAACCACGAUGAAGCACAUGUCGCAGGCAAUUUUAUUGGUGUAUUGGAUAUCGCUGGAUUUGAGAUAUUUGAGAAAAACUCAUUUGAACAGCUCUGCAUCAAUUAUACAAAUGAGAAAUUGCAGCAGUUUUUCAAUCACCAUUCAUUUAUCCUUGAGCAAAGCGAGUACCUUCGAGAGAAUAUACAAUGGGAUUUCAUCGAUUUUGGAAAAGAUCUACAACCAACCAUUGAUUUAAUAGAAACAAAAACACCCAUGGGUAUACUCAAGCUUCUAGAUGAGGAGUGUAUGAUGCCCAAAUCGUCUGAUAAGAUGUUUAUGGAGAAAUUGAGUCAAAAUUUUGCCAGCUCAAAAAACAAAAACAACAAAAACAACAACAAAAACAAAAAGUUUGCCGAAAACAAAUACAAAAACGGAUUCAUCAUUCACCAUUAUGCUGGAAGUGUUGAGUACAAUGUUGAUAACUGGCUUCAAAAAAAUACCGAUCCUAUAAGUGAAAACAUUCUUGCAUUAUUAACAACAUCGACAAAUGAAACCAUUGUUGAUUUGUUCAACGAUGAUCCUCAUUUAAAGACGGCUGGGUCCAAGAUGAUGAGAACCGCAUCGCAAAAGCACAAGGAUCAACUAAAGGAAUUGAUGGAUCAAUUGGAAUCAACUGAACCCCACUUUGUAAGGUGUAUUCUUCCAAAUUUAGAGAAACAGCCCAAAAGAUUUGAUAAAGGUCUUGUUUUGAACCAAUUGCGAUGCAAUGGUGUAUUGGAAGGGAUAAGAAUUACUCGUGCUGGCUAUCCAAACAAACUUUUAUUCCAAGAUUUUAUUCAUAGGUAUUCAAUUCUUUGCGAAGAGGGACUACAAUCUUGCAAACACGAAAAGCAAAAAUGUGAGUUGAUCUUAAAGACAUCAAAUCUUGAUUCUGAAACUUAUAAAGUUGGGUUGACAAAAAUCUUUUUCAAAAAUGCCAUAUUGGGCCAGUUGGAGGCAAAGAGAGAUAUAAAGCUCAAGACAAUGUUCAUUGAUGUUCAACGUGUUAUUCGUGGUAUGCAAGCAAGAAAGCUUUUACAAACUCAAAUAAUGGAGCUUAGAUCCGCAAAAGUAGUUGCAAAGACAAUGACUCAAUUGCAAGAAUGCAAAGAAAACCCAUGGAUGAAACUCUUUUUCCAUAUAAAACCGCUACUUGAGGAUUCGGUCAAGGCGUUGGAUACAAAGGCAGUCCAGGAAAAUUUAAAGGAUAUGACUGUAAAAUUAAAAGAUACUGAAAGGUUAAAAGAUGGGUUAGAAAAAGACAAUUUGCGCUUACGUGAAUCAAUGAGCAAAUUGGAAGACGAAAUUAUCUCAAGAGAUCUGGUUGUGGAAAAAAAGGACCAACUUGUAAACAAAUUGAAAGCAGAGGAGGAAUCGGCUUUGAAAAGGAUUCAAGAGUUGGAAAGUUCAUUGAAAGAUCUUAAAGAGCGCAAUACAGAGCUUGAAAGCGAAUACGAGACACUAAAUAACCGAUUAAAGUCUCUACACGAUGAUCAUGAAACAAAGACAAAGGAUCUAUUGAAUGUGCAAGGAACAUAUGAUGCUACAAAAAUUGAAUUGGAUCUGUUGAAAAAACAGAUGGAAAGCUCAACAUUGGACAAGGAAAGUACACAGAAGUUAAUUCAUGACUUUGAAGAAGAACAAAAGGUGUUGCAAGCAAAACUUCAAAAAGCAACGGAUGAGUCUCAAGAACUAUUUUCACAACUUGAAAAGGCAAGAUCUUUGGGCAAUGAAAUCGUCGAAGCUCACGACAAGUGUUUACCGCAAAUUGAAAAUUUAAAUAAAAUAAUUUCCAAGUACAAGGCAGAAAAUGAGAACCAUAAAAGAGACAUUGAGAAAUUGCAAUCUCAAAUCAAAUCGGAUGAUUCUAAGAAGUCGAAAUACGAACUUAAAAUUGAUGAAGCAAAGGAGAAAAUUAGUGCAUUAAAGGUAAAAGUUGAGAAAAAGGGCAAUGAAAUUGAACAGCAAAAAGUGGAGAUUUCCAAUUUGCGCUCUGAGUUGAAUAAAGUACAACAUAAAUUAAAUGAACAUGAAGAUCAAUCCGUUGAACUUAAUAAGCUCAAAUUACGUGAAAUGCAAAAUUUUGGAGACCUUCAAGAGUCAAAGAAAAGAUUAUCUCAAAUAACAUCGGACCAUUCAAAACUAGCUCAAGACCAUCAACGUCUUCAAAUCGAGUACGAAGAGUCAAAGAAAGCGAAGGAAGAGUAUAGCAAAAUGGUUUUUUCGUUAAAUUUGAAAUUAUCAGAACUUGAACAGGACCUCAAAAAUCACGAACUUGAAAAGGAAAAUCAGGACCCUAAUCCACAAAUGAUGCAAGAAUUUGCAAAUAUGAAAUUGAAAAUGAAUGAACAAAGUGCGUUAUUGAGGCUGGAGAAGUUUGAGAAUCGUAAAUUGUCUGAAGAGUUGCAACUCCUUAAAACACGUAUCAUCAAUGGAUCUUUGACUGGAUCCGAUUUAACUCCCAAAAGAAAGUCUUUGGCUAUUGGUGAACGUGUCAACGGCAGCGUUGAUGCAUUAAACAAAGAAAUCAACGAUUUGAAAAUAAGUCUUCAACAGGAGCAAGCAAAUUUCCAACGAGCAGAAAAUUAUGCAAUCGAGUUGCAGAAAAAAUUGAACAAACUACAAUCUACAAGAGGAAUAAACAGCUCAUUUGAUUAUGAGAGCAAGUUGAAGGAGUCGCAAAACCGUAUUUGUGACUUGGAAAAUAAACUUGAAGGAUUGGUUUCAUAUGACUCAAACAGCAUCGAUGAUACCAACAAUACCAGUACCAAUAGUGCAGGUAUGCCCAGAGCCGUUUCGCGAAGUGAGAGUCUCAAUGGUCUGGCAUUUAGAGGUGUCAAUCAAGAUUUUAUACAAAUUUAUCAAGACAUGAACAAGACAUUAAAGUCAACGCGCGAGGAAUUAAGCACAUCUAAAUCAGAAAUCUUGAGGUUGAAGUCGUUAUUGCGCGAGUCAGAAGAAGAGUUGUACUUGAUAAAGCAGGAGAAGUACCGUACAGCGAUGGAUGAAUUUGAGCAACAACUUGCGGAUAUAAAAGUGAAGUAUGAAAAUACAAAGUCCACAAACAAAGAAUUGGCAGAAAGUUUAGAUCUCUAUAAGAAACGAUCAGAGGAAUUUACCAAGAAAUUGGAGUUGGCAGAAUCAGCGGUGGUUAUUUCCAAGAGGCAAACUGAACAGGCAGAGAGGGACAUGAAUGAACUAAGAAGUCAGUUGCGUUUGGCCAAGGAAGAGGCACGAACCUCUCAAAUUAUGCUCAAGGAGUCGCGCGGCAAUAUAGAUAACUUGGAGAACAAACUCCAUGAAAGUGAACAAAACGUGGCCAAUAACAAGCGACUCAUUAGUGAGUUACAAGACAAACUUGCUUACCAUGUGCAAAAUUAUGAAAAUCGCGAGGCUAAUGAUAAGUUGAAAGAAGAGAUUCGUGUUUUGCACAAAGAGUUAGACUUCAAGACGGAGACUGAAGUCACAUUGGUAAAGGAAAAUAAGAAGUUGCAAUUGGAUUUGGAGGAUGCUGUAUUGAGUCGCAAAAAUAUUCAAAACCAAUUGGAUGAGCUGGUUUUGAGGGAAGAGGAGUUGGAAAUGGAGAUUGAGAAAUUGACCGACUUCAACAGGCUGCUCACCAAUUCAGGAAUUGUAAACGAGAGGAAGGUAAAUGCACUUACAAAACAAGUCACUAGUCUUAAGGAAUUUGUGGAAGAGGUGCAACAAGAAAAAACCAAACUUGUUGAGGAAAAAUCAAGUCUUCAAUCCGAGUUGUCGGAGACAACUUCUGAAUUGGAAAGCAAGACUCUUGCCUUGGAACAUUGUAAUGCCGAAAUUUCGUUCUUGAAGACGCACCUUGAAAAUCAAAAGGAAGAUGCCGAAGCCAUUAGAUCGGAAUUGAAUCAGUCCAAAAUGUCAUCCACUUCUGAUUACAGAGACCAACAAAAACUUCGUAACGAUUUGCUCAUCACAAAUGAAGAAAACUACUCAUUAAAGAAAGCCAACAAGGAGUUGACUUUGAAAGUUCAAAAUCUUGAGGAAAAACUUUACAAUAAUGAGCAAAUCAAGUAUCUUGAAGCUAGAAACAAUGAAAUAUCUAACAAGUUGGAUGCAUCGAUUCAAACAAGACACGAGCAUGAAUUGACAAUAAAAUCUCUCGAAAGACAAGUUAAGCAGCUCGAAGUGCGUGCAGAAAACGAGUCCCAAUUGAGCAAACGUUAUAAUAAUGAAAAUUUUGAGUUUCAAAACAAGAUUAACCACUACAAGAGCACUGUGGAUAUUUUGCAAACUGAAAAUAUGGAGAAGGAUUUACAAUUAAACACUCUUCAGGAAGAGCGAGACCAAUUGAAAGAAUCCUUGGCGAGGAUGGAGAGAGAACUCGCUCAUUUGAGAAGUAUGUCGCAAUAA